AUGGAUUUAACUAAAAACAUUGUUGUGAAACUUGUGGAAAUUCGCCCAAUCGUUAACACUCCGACAACCGCGCUGAUAUGCCCAGAUUUUGCUGCGGCAGCACGCCGGUUAUUAACAACUAAGCUCACAAAAAAACACAAUCUAAGAAGCAGUGUAAUUCAGUCUCGUUUAAAAGAACUUCCUAUUGUUGGCAAACAAUAUAAAAGAAUCGAUAAGAGAGGUAGGACUACCGGUGUUAAUGCAGUGAAGAAAGCACCCAUUCUUUUCUUAUAA